AGAGAGAGAAGGAGCGGCGGACUCUGCACUCUUCACUCCGUCUCCGUCGGAUUCAGUGGCGCGGUCGCUCCGGUUCAAGCUCCAUCCUCGGCGCUCAGCGCAUCUGCUCCGAGCAUCUCAACUGGAAGGACUAUGACUGAUAUACCCAGCUCAGAAUUCACUGGAACCCUGGGGGCAAGAUAGAAGAACAGAAACCUCAGCACAGUCACAUCUUCACAAACAUGAGGACUAUUUUUCUGGGGGUUCUCGUGCUAUGCCUGGCUCUUUACCUGGAUGCUUUAGCUUUGAUCGGUCAACAAGCAGAACCCAGAAGUGCAAAAGGAACUGCUGCAGAGAACAGGGGACCACGGCUCAAGAGAGUGAGGCGGGGUUGGAUGUGGAAUCAGUUUUUCCUGCAAGAGGAAUACACCGGGAGUGACUACCAGUACAUUGGCAAGCUCCAGUCAGACCAGGACCACGGGAACGGCGUGGUGAAGUAUGUUCUCUCUGGCGAAGGGGCUGGCACGAUCUUCGUCAUCGAUGAGAACAAUGGGGACCUGCAUGCUACUCGGCGACUGGACCGAGAGGAGAAGGCGUUUUACAUCCUGAAAGCCACAGUCGUCAAUAAACGGACUGGCCAAAAACUGGAGCCCGAAACUGAGUUCACUGUGAAAUUGCAUGACAUCAACGACAACGAGCCAACGUUCAGCAAGGAGGUUUACAUCGGCAGUGUGCCAGAGAGGUCCGACAUUGGCACUUCAGUCAUCCAGGUGACAGCAACAGACGCUGAUGACAGCAUGUAUGGCAGCAGUGCUAAACUGGUCUACAGCAUCAGCCAAGGACAUCCAUACUUCUCCGUGGACCCAAAUACCGGUGUAAUCCGGACGGCCCUGGGUCCCGGUGAUAUGGAUCGAGAGCAGAGGGAACACUACCUGGUUGUGAUCGAGGCUAAAGACAUGGCUGGCCAGAGAGGAGGACUCACCGGGACCACCAUGGUUAACAUUAGCCUCACUGAUGUCAACGACAACCCGCCCCGCUUCACUCACAGUAUUUACCCGUUCAGUGCCCCGGAAUCAUAUAAGCCUGGGACCCCUGUCGGCAGAGUUAAAGCCACUGACCGAGACAUCGGGAAGAAUGCAGAAAUGCAUUACUCUAUCAUCGGUGGAGACGGCAUGGACAUGUUCAACAUCUCUGCGGACAAAGACACACAGGAGGGAGUCAUUGUUGUCAGCAAGCCCUUGGAUUAUGAGAGGAAGCAGUCGUACACGUUGGAGAUCCAGGUCCAGAACACGCAGUUAGACCCUCGGUUUAUGCCGUUGGGUUCUAAAGACAUGGCCACAGUUCGAAUCAGCGUGGAGGAUGUGGACGAGCCCCCGCUUUUUAACAAGGGACAUUACGUGAUGGAGGUGAAAGAAGAUGCUGCAGUGGGCGUGGCCUUGGGAUCUGUCAGCGCCAUCGACCCCGAUAGAGCGCGGAGCCCAGUGAAAUACUCGAUCGAUCGGCGCACUGACAUGGACCGCCUGUUCAAUGUCCACCCGGGCAAUGGAUCCGUCUUCCUACUCAGAAGCCUGGACAGAGAAGACACAGCCUGGCAUAACAUUUCAAUCAUUGCCACCGAGUUCAAUAACCCACGUCAGAGCAGCCAUGUUCCGGUCCACAUCCGAGUGCUGGAUAUUAACGACAACGCGCCCACCUUUGCAACAACAUAUGAAACGUUUGUCUGCGAGAGAACCAAGACUGGCCAGAUAAUCCAGACGGUGAGUGCUGUCGAUGCAGAUGAGCCAUCAAUGGGACACAAGUUUUUCUUCAGCCUGGCUCCCGAGGGAACAUACAAGAGCAACUUCACGGUGCGCGACAAUGGAGAUAACACGGCUGGGAUCCUGACCCGACGAGCCAGCUACAGCCGUCUCCACCAAAGCGUCUAUCUGGUUCCUGUCGUGAUCACUGAUGGUGAAUACCCCAUGCAGAGCAGCACCGGGACUCUGACUGUGCGGGUUUGCACCUGCGACCGUGAGGGCAACAUGGAGCUGUGCAGUGCAGAAGCACUCAGCAGUUCCCCAGGACUCAGCACCGGAGCUCUCAUCGCGAUCUUGCUGUGUGCCAUCAUCCUUCUCAUGAUCGUGGUUCUAUUCACUGCGCUGAAGCGUCAAAGAAAGCAGGAGCCGCUGAUCAUCUCCAAGGAGGAUGUGCGGGACAACGUCGUCAGUUACAACGACGAAGGUGGUGGAGAGGAGGACACGCAGGCCUUCGACAUCGGAGCGCUGCGUCACCCGGACGCUGCUGCUGCCCUGGAGGAGGUGUCCAACCAGCGGCGUGACAUCAUUCCCACUGACACACUGCUGUACCCUGCUCACUGCCGGGCCCCGACCGCCGCCAGCCUCAUCAUGACACCGGUCAGUGUUUCAUCCAGGGACAACCAAGACGUCCGAGAGUUUAUCAACCAGAGGGUUUUGGAUAAUGACUGUAACCCUACAGCGCCACCUUAUGACUCACUAGCCACCUAUGCCUAUGAAGGCUCUGGAUCUGUGGCAGAGUCUCUGAGUUCACUGGGUUCUGUGUCAUCGGAGGCAGAGCAGGACUACCACUACCUGAGCGACUGGGGACCUCGCUUCAGGAAACUGGCGGAUCUAUACGGCGCAGAAGACAGUGACUUCUGCUAACAACACAGGCUUGUGUUUUACACAGCCUCGUGUCUUUGACGAAGCACGGAACACAUGGACAAAGACACGUGGCAGGGGACACUCCAAACUUUUCUUUAAGGAGCCCAGCAUUUCAGUCUUGAACUUGAAUUUCGUUGUCGUGGGUUCACGAGUUUUGGCGGUUCCUCUGGCAGAACCUCCUCAGACAGUCUGAGACUUGAAUCACUGCUUGAUUGAGCAUUUCACUGCUGCAGUGCUGCGGGGGCUUCGACUCUGUCUGACCAAGUGCCCUUGAGCUGCCCUUCAAGCUGGACUGUGGACACAAGAGAUUUGAGGGGACAGUGUGUUUAUAAUUUUUUUUUAUUAUUCUUAUUUGCUGUCUUGUACAAAGUGACCAUUCCAGAGGGUCCGAACUGAGGAACCACCACUUGACUUCAUCACCUUCUGGAUAAAGAGAGAAAAGAGCACAAGUCACAUGCACUGAUCAUCAAGUUUACUCCUGUUUCCAUUGCGUCAGUGUCAUAUAUGCGAAGGGUUCGCUAUUACUUUCAUGACCACCAUUUCAGUGUCAGAAAAUGUGUUUAAAUUAUUGCUGAAAAUUGCCGCACCAAUAUCGCCACGAUCAUAUUUGGCUCCGUCUCCAUUUUUGCUUUACGCUAUAGUGACAGUCUGCCCUGAAUGUUGCCUCCAUGCUAUAUUUGUACAAGUGUUCUAAUUUCUUACGUUUAUUCAGUGUGCGACAUAUUUGAAUAAACACAAACUGGAUGUCAGUGUGUUUACUGUUCUGCAGCCAAUCACAACAGUCCACCUCAGUGCCCUAAACCACCAACAUGAAUAUCCAGGUUAAGAACUUGAACUCCACCAACUCUUGCUCCUGGUUCGUCGCUCGGACGUGUGGAAUUUGUGUUCGCCGCUGCUGCAGUGACUUGUUGUUUGGUGGCUGUGGAUCUCUAAAGGCUCCGUAAUGAACCAUCAGUUUUAUUUGAUUCUGUGAUUCUUUGUACCAAAUAUUCAAAGAUAAUGUGAUGACAAUAUUUUGCUGCUUCACUUUGUUCCUAAUGUCAUUUUUGAAGGAGUGAAGCUGAACAUCUG